AUGUCGAAGCCACAAAUUGGAAUCAACGGAUUCGGAAGAAUCGGACGUCUCGUUCUCCGCGCCGCCGUCGAGAAAGACUCUGUCCAAGUCGUCGCUGUCAAUGAUCCAUUCAUCUCAAUUGACUACAUGAUCUACUUGUUCCAAUAUGAUUCAACCCACGGACGUUUCAAGGGAACCGUCACCCACGAAGGAGACUAUCUUUUGGUUACCAAGGAAGGAAAGAGCCAACAUAAAAUCAAGGUAUUUUUGAAAUGCUAAAAAACCCAGAUCAAUCAAACAUUUUUCAGGUUUUCAACGCAAAAGACCCCGCUGAGAUCCAAUGGGGAGCCGCUGGAGCCGUCUAUGUUGUUGAAUCAACUGGAGUCUUCACCACCAUCGAAAAGGCUAACGCUCACUUGAAGGGAGGAGCCAAGAAGGUCAUCAUCUCAGCUCCAUCUGCUGAUGCUCCAAUGUUCGUUGUUGGAGUCAACCACGAGAAAUACGAUCAUGCCAAUGACCACAUCAUCUCAAAUGCUUCAUGCACCACCAACUGCUUGGCUCCACUCGCCAAGGUAAAUUUAUUACUACAGAAUCUCAUAUAUAUCCUAUCUUCAACAUCAAAUUUUACAGGUCAUCAACGACAACUUCGGAAUCAUCGAAGGACUUAUGACCACUGUCCACGCCGUCACUGCCACCCAAAAGACUGUUGACGGACCAUCAGGAAAACUCUGGAGAGAUGGACGUGGAGCUGGACAAAACAUCAUCCCAGCUUCAACUGGAGCCGCCAAGGCUGUCGGAAAAGUUAUCCCAGAACUCAACGGAAAACUCACCGGAAUGGCCUUCCGUGUCCCAACCCCAGAUGUCUCUGUUGUUGAUCUUACUGCUCGUUUGGAGAAACCAGCUACUUUGGAUGACAUCAAGAAGGUCGUCAGAGCCGCCGCUGAAGGACCACUCAAGGGAGUUCUCGCUUACACCGAGGACCAAGUUGUCUCAACUGACUUCGUUUCUGAUACUCACUCAUCAAUCUUCGAUGCUGGAGCAUCAAUCAGCUUGAACCCACACUUCGUCAAACUCGUCUCGUGGUAUGACAACGAAUUCGGAUACUCCAACAGAGUUGUUGAUCUUAUCUCCUACAUUGCCACCAAAGCGUGAACCGAUUCCAAACUUUGAUCUAACAAAAACAAUUAGUGUCUAGUACCCUACUUUGUAAAUUGUUAUUAUAAACACAAAUAUAUAAAUAAAUAUAUAAUUUUCUCUCUCUUCUCCUAUCUUUUUUUAUUUUUCAUUGAUUGAUAAAUAAAAUCUUUUUCGCGUCAUCUGUUUUGAAUUGAGAACCUGAAAAGUCACGUGUUAUCUCGAAUCAUCUUCAUAUAAAAUGGCUUGAAGAAACUGGAAAUUCAACGAUUCAUUUUUUUCGAAAUAAAAUGUGCUCUUUUUACUGAAUUCCCUAGUCAAACCCUAGUAUUCCUCGUCUCUCUCCUUUUCUCUUUUUUCUAUGCGCUAAACAUCGAUCCAUUUUUUCCACUUUUUUCUUGGUUUUUUGCUUCAAUUGUUUUUUUUUCUUUGUCACUACUUUUUUUUUUCAAAACAUCUUUUUUUCUGUGCACUUUUGUUUCAACAACGAACCGCCCACUUUUUUCUGUAUGCCACUGGUUGCGAUAAGAUCAUAAGAAAAUAAUCAUUUUUUAUCAGAUAAGACGCAACUUUUAUUAUUUAUGGACCAAAAAAAUUAUUUCACUGUUUAUUUCAACGUCAGGUGUGAAAAUAUCAAAGAUUGGGAAAGUGUUUUUGUUGUUGGAAAUUUGCCAAUUCUUGGAGAAUGGCAACCUAAAAAUUCAUUCGCAUUGACGUGUUCGGAGGCAAAUCGGUGAGUUAAUUCUAGAAAAAACACGUGGCAUUCUGAUUAGUCAUGCGUUUAAAACGUGACGUCACAAACUUUCAAUUAUCAGAUAAUGUUUUUGUGACAGGAAACUGGGAAGAAAGAUCACAUCAGGUGACUUUGAGUGCAUUGAAAGCUUUUUUUUUGCAAAUAUAACGUCAUCACUUCCACUAAUAUUUGUUUAUGUUUUCAGUGAGUUAUGGUGUGGUUCAAUCCAAAUUCCAAAUCAAAAACAACAUAUUCAAUUUCGUUAUUUGAAAGCUUAUUACCUGGAUGCUGCAGAAACUGAAUCUCCUGAACCAAAAUUUGUUUUAUCAAAGUGAGAUUGAAUGAAAAUUAAAAAUAAAAUUAACCUUUCACGAUUUGUUCCAGAUGGGAAACACUUUUCACACCUCGUCAAUGUCUAGUUGAGUGUGAAGCAUCAAACGGUGUUGCAAGAAAAAAUACAUUACAUCAAUUUGGAGAAUACGGUAACUAAAAUUUAAAAAAAAAUUGAAUUUUCUCUUGAUUCUUCCCCAUUUUUCAGAUGGAAAAGUGCAAAUUUCUGAUGGUUGGAUUCUGAACGAUAUUGAGAAUGUUGUAUAUUUUCGAAUUCAUGGAGAAGCUUUGAAGUUUUAUAAAAAACAGUAUUCCGUUCAAGAAUAUCGAUUGAAAAUUGUGCCAUUUGAUGUUAGAUUCAGAGAGGUAUGUUUUUUCUACUUUUCUAGCAUAAGUUCAAGAGAAUUUAGAUGUUUUCAUACGGCCAUAAAGGCUUGGAUUCUAGAAGAGCUAUCUGGAGACAUUCUUCAGUUUAUACCUCAAUUUCUGUUAGUUUCAAAUGUUGUGUUGUGAAAGUACAUUGUCUCAUUAUUAGAAGAGCUACCAAAUAAAGAAAAUCAAAAAUAAUAUUUUUUAUUUCAGAAAGAUAUUGAAGAUGAGAUGGAUAAUGCAUCAUAUCUUCCAAAUCUUCCCAGUUUUUCUGACACUGAUCUUUCUGUUUUGACAAGAGAAGAUCCAAUUUUUGGUGAUCAAUAUGUUAAUGGAUCAGUGUUUCGAAAUAAUGUGGAUUAUUUGGUUUUUCGAACAAGAACUGUGUCGAUUCAAAAUCUCGGAUUUCGUGUGGAACUUUAUCAUGAAACAAAACGCUGUGCAAUUGCAUAUGCUCUUCCAUCAACAUUUCCUGAAACUCACGGAGCAGCAAUUUUUCCGUUUGUUGGAGUCAAUAAUGUUCCAGUUGGACAAUUGAAUGGUGAGAAAAUCAAGUUGUUUUCUCACAUAACUAUAAUUUUUUUUAGUUGAUUUUAUGAUUACUAAAAGAAAUCCAGCUGCUGAAACUCUUUCUCAAAUUGAUUCAAUGGAAUUGACAUUCGGAAGAUAUUGGAGAAAACGUAAACGAAUUCUUGAAAUUGGUCAUCGUGGAAUGGGAAGUUCUUACACAAAAUCAACAAGUGCUCGCGAAAACACAAUUUUCUCAUUGAAUCAAGCAGCAAAACGUGGUGCCGAUUAUGUCGAACUCGAUGUUCAAUUAACCAAAGAUAUGAAAACUGUGGUGUAUCAUGAUUUUCAUGUUUUGGUGACUGUUGCUGGCCGAGAUUCCCCUGCGGGUACACCAACAAUUGGCGGAGAAAAUAUAGCUUUACAUGAAAUUGCUAUCAAGGUAAGCUUUUGCAUCUUUUUUUCUUUUUACUCUCUCUUCUUGUCUAUGUUAAAAAAAUAGAUUUGUCUAACAAUCUGUGUCUCUUUUCUAUCGCUUGAGUCCCUGUCGAGCGAAGAAAUUGCAAUUGAGCGCAAAUGCUCAUGUGCUCUAGUUUUUUGUGAGUACAAUGUUUGGCUCUUGAACAAAAUUGCUCAGAAGAUAUUUUCGUGAUUAUGAACAGUUAGAAAAACAUAUAUUGAUGAGAUCAAAUGUUCACAAUUACGAAAACUUCUACAAAAUCACAACACAAUUGUGUAUUUUUUCCGCCUUAUUCAAAGUAUGAAAACAAAAUAAGUGUUUUUGCAGGAUCUGACUCUUUCACAACUCAAGCUUCUACACUGCGAACACAUUUCGAAAGCUGAUACAAAAGCAGAAAAUCAAAAAACAUUGUCAGUUACACCAGGAAAAGAUGAAACCGACGAAAUGCAUGUUCCAUUCCCAUCACUUGCACAAGUUCUCCAACUAGUUGAUGAAAAUGUUGGAUUGAAUAUUGAAAUCAAAUAUCCAAUGUAUAUGAAAGUGAGUUCCCUUUAUUUAUGAAUUUUUUCACAAUAAUUCUAGGCGAACAAUUGUGCCAUUGUUUUUGAAAUAUUCUCUUUUUCUCUCCAACUUCCUUGUUAAUUUUUGAUUUUUCCCCUUUAAAUGAUAUCAAUUCAAAUUGAGAUUGUAAACUAUGAUAUUUAUAUAAUUUGUAUCAAUUUUUUCACAAAAAAUCAAAAACCUUUUCAUAAUCACCCCACCAGAAAAAGAAGAGAAAAAGAGUUCUUUGAGUUCAAAUAACAAAUGUUGUUGUUGAUUACAGGAUGGCUCACACGAAUGUCACGGAUAUUUUGAGCAAAAUAAAUUUGUGGAUCGGAUAUUGAGCGAAGUGGCUGAACAUGCAGGGAACCGACGAAUUGCCUUCUCUUGUUUCGAGCCUGAUAUUUGUACAUUGUAAGGAUUAGCAGGCAUUUUUUAUAAGAGAAAAAUUUCUUUCCAGAAUAACCAAAAAACAACAUCGAUACCCAGUUCUGUUUCUUGUUGUUGGAGCUACAAAUCGAUAUAUGCCAUUUAAGGUAAUCUAAAAUCAUUCAAAACUAUCUCUAGUGGUCCUAAUUUUUAAAUUUCAGGACAUUCGAUCAGAUUGCAGCAAAAUUGCCGCAAAUUUUGCAGCUGGAUGUGAAUUACUUGGUGUGAAUUUCCAUAGUGAAGAAUUGUUGAAUGAUAAAAGUCCAAUCAUAAUUGCCAAUAGAUAUGGAUUGGUGAAAAUUGUUUGGGGAGAUGAUUUGAAUUCGAAGGAUAUUCAGAAGAAGUUCAAAGAAGAAAUGAAUGUUGAUGGACUAAUUUUUGAUAGGUUGGUUUCUAUAGAUUUAGAUGAAACUUUACAAACUAUUUUUUCAGAAUUGGUGAAGAUGAGGUGGCAAAACAGAACGUUUUUAUCGUCGAAAAUGAACAUCGAAGUUCACUUUUUGUGAAAAAUAACAAAAAUCAGAGUUCAAGAUCUCCAUCAAUGACAAGACGUUGCAUGUCAAUGGCAGAAUAG